GACCUAAUCUGACUCUUCCACUGAAACGAUUGGGUCACCAGACAACAGACACAUUGGGUUCAGGAACGAUGCGUUUCUAAUUCACGUCCAACUGAGCAUUGUGAGGUGCAGGAUGAGAACAAAUCCAUUUUAGUUCAACCUCAACCGCACCACAGCCGAGAAGAACUUGAAACACAGCACAAUUAACGUCUUCAUCCCUGUGUAAGGCUUCUGACUACAGAAACAGCAAUCACAACUGGUGUGCUCGCCCUUCGCAUUGUUUACUCAUACUUACACAGGCAGCAAGAAGUGGACUGCCUCCAACUGCAAGAACUGAACACGCAAAUUACGCACAGCAGCUCACGCGACUCCAGGUGCUGUGUGCGUCCGUGUUGCUUGCUUUGGCGCCCUCUAGUGUCAGCCGGCGGGAGCAGCAUGAGCCUGUGUGGGCGGAAGGCACUGACGCUGCUGAGCAGUGUGCUGGCGGUGAGCGGCCUGGGCCUCCUCGGUGUGGCCGUCAGCACCGACUACUGGCUCUACCUGGAGGAGGGCGUCAUCCUGCCGCUCAACCAGAGCGCCGACAUACGCAUGUCCCUGCACUCGGGCCUCUGGAGGGUCUGCUUCAUGGCAGGUGAAGAGAUGGGACGCUGCUUCACCAUCGAGUACAUCAUGCCCAUGAAUGUCCAGCUAACCAGUGAGUCCACUGUCAGUGUGCUCAAGAUGAUCCGUUCAGCCACACCCUUCCCCCUGGUCAGCCUGUUCUUCAUGUUCAUCGGCUUUGUGCUCAACAACGUGGGUCAUAUCAGGCCACAUCGCACCAUUCUGGCCUUCGUCUCUGGAAUAUUCUUCAUCCUCUCAGGCCUGUCGCUGGUGGUGGGUCUGGUCCUGUACAUCUCCAGUAUAAAUGAUGAGAUGAUGAGCAGCACCAAGAGCAGUGAGUCCUUCAUCAGCUACAAGUACGGCUGGUCGUUUGCCUUCGCUGCCAUCUCCUUUCUCCUCACUGAGAGUGCAGGCGUGAUGUCCGUCUACCUCUUCAUGAAGCGUUACGCGGCUGAGGAGCUGUACCGCCCGCACCCAAGCUUCUACCGGCCACGACUGAGCGACUGCUCUGACCACUCGGGCCAGUUCCUGCACCCGGAGGCGUGGGAGCGUGGACGCAGCCCCUCUGACCUGUCCAGCGAAGCUUCGCUCCCGAUGAGCGCUAGCUACCCGGCCCUGCUCAAGUGCCCUGAGUACGAGCAGGUCACCUCCUCACCCUGCUGAGGGCCCGCACACUGCGGCCUCAUACGUCUCCCCCCUGACCCACGGCGGGCGGUCGAGAGGUUUGAGUCUGGAGCAAAGACUGAAGAGUUGAGCGUACAAAAAAAGGACUGAGAAGGAUAGAUGGAUCUGGUUAUGGAUGAGCAGGGAGGUGCUUAUUCAUAUUCUUUAUCGUGAUGUGGUUGAGAUAGGGAGGAGGGUUUCUCUGUUUAUGUCUCUGUUUUACUCUCUGCUUGUAAUGUUCCGUGCCUUCAGAGUUUUCUCUCUGCCAUCUGAGUGAGGUUGAGAGAGUUUGCUCGGAGCCAUAAGUGGGGCUGGUGUUCGUGCUGUCAGGCAUGCUUGAAUUAUGUAUCAAAGCAGCAGUAUCGUAAAUGUCUCUGCCUCUACGAAAGCACAGUGGCCAAGUAAGCACACUGAGAAUAGUGAAUUGCAGUACUGGUCUAAUCCUGCAGGGGGCAGCCACAAGCCAUAACUCAAGCUCAUUAUUCAUUGACCUCAGAACUGAUAGAGGGUAAAUUAAUUUGGGAAAUGGCCUGAUCUGAAGCCCUGAGAAAAUAUCUUCUAUUAAUGCUGUUUGUGGAACAUCACAAUCAAACUGCUGCUGGGCUUAGCAGGGCUGUUGCUUUUGAUCUUAGUGGUGCAGCUGCUGUGUCAAAGUCCAUCUAUUUUACAACCGCAUGAUUUUAAUUAGCUGGAGCCAGUGCUAAUGGCCAUUAUUAUUUGUCUUCAUUGAGAGUGCCCCAAAUGUUAUUUCAUUUUUAUAUUCAUUUCUUACAUAUUUGAUUUUUUAGUAUGCACAUUAGUCUUGCUUAUCUCUGUAGUCUUUUUUUAUUUUUUGUCUGUCUAGUUUUGUUAGUUUGCUUUCUUUGUCAUUCUUCCUGUUUUUCUCAUAUCUAUUUUAAGCACGUUUGCUGUUUUAGCGGUCCUGAUAUACAUGAACGGUGCUCGACAAAUGACGUUUAUACAUACUGUAAUCAUCCAGCGUGUGUGACAGUCCUUAUCAACUAGCGCUUUCUCCGUGUGAACAUUUGUUCAUGACUUAUGUAUGUGAAGUGUUAAUUAAGCUCGUCAGACUGAGCAUCUAGAGACACUGCUUACUCUCAUCUAAUUACAGCAGAAUUGUAAAGUGCUGAUUUUUUUUUUUUUUUUUUUGUCCGAGCAGCUUCAUGAAAUGCUCUCGCUCUGCCAGAAUUCCUUAUGACUUCAAAGACAUACAGAACCAUAUGCUAACUAUCUCUGUUGCCUUAUUUGUCUUUAAAAGGUAAAUCUGACAAAUCUUACCAUUCUUCCCAGUAACACAGAGACACUCCAGGGGCAACACAAUUCUAGUUGUUGCAUCUGCACAGUAGACCAGUGCACAACCUGCAUUGGUGAUUGAUGUUUAAGCUGCAGCAGUAGCAGCUAUAGCCUACUGCUAUGUCCUCUGAAUAACUCCUCAGCUCUUAGAUCUUGUCAUCUUGCACAUUGCUUUCAUCUCAGAGAAGCCCCACAGUCCCUCACACUAGUUCAUUCCAUGGUACGUUAUGUAGAGCUCCUGCUGUUAAAGACUGCUUGGGUUUUUAUUGCUUUCUAUUGCUUAGAUGAUACCUUUAUUGUGUCUAAAGUAUGCUGUAUGUAACAUACUGAUGAACCCACAUUAUAGUACAGAUAAUCUUUGGACAUAAUAUUUCCAGCCAUUAAUCCAUACUCUUGGAUUCUAUUAUGAAUAUUGGUGCAUUUAUCUCUAAGCAGAUGUUCGCUUUUUCUCCAUGGGCAGCAGAAAAUAUAUAUGUUGUAGGCUACAUGUGGUGAUCAUGUUGAAUUCAUCUUUGCAUGUGACUGUGUAGUGUAGAUAAACUGUGGAUAAUAUUUUCUGCCAUAAAUCGUACUAUUUAUACUUCAUAAAUGUUCUUGCUCUUGUAUUGUCUUUUAUACAAGAAACACUUUAACAUGAAGAUAUUGCACUUCAUGACACAGUAUUAUAUUUGGAUAUGAUUAUAUGAGUAUUUUAUGUUCAUUCAGUAUAAUUGUUUGCAAUGACAGUCCUGCGCAGCAAAGGACUAGCAAAUAAACUGAACUUGUUAAUGUUUUUAUAUCAGAAAAUGUUUUUUUGGUCAGUAUCUUCUCAUCUGUUUUCUCAUUACAAGUGUUCACUGCAAUAAGAUUUCCUCUAUGCAUAAA